CUCAAAUACUUCUUUCUUUUUAUCACUCACUUACUAGAUCAUAUAAAAAAAAAAAUACAUACAGCUUAAUCUAAAUUUUAGAAGAGGGGAUUGAUUAACUGAUAAGAAAAAUGAGCAAAGACAUUGAGGUUGGAGGUCAUGAUCAGUAUGGUGCAAGAGAUUACCAAGACCCACCCCCUGCUGCCCUGUUUGACUCCGAAGAACUCACCAAAUGGUCUUUUUAUCGAGCCAUCAUUGCCGAGUUCGUUGCCACUCUCUUGUUCCUUUACGUCACGGUCUUGACGGUCAUCGGCUACAAGUCCCAAGUCGACCCCGCCCACAGUCCCGACCAGUGUGGUGGUGUUGGGAUCCUCGGUAUCGCGUGGGCCUUUGGUGGCAUGAUCUUUGUCCUGGUUUAUUGCACGGCUGGUAUCUCAGGAGGCCACAUUAACCCCGCGGUCACAUUUGGGCUGUUUUUGGCAAGGAAAGUGACACUUCCAAGGGCUUUCAUGUACAUUGUGGCCCAAUGCUUGGGUGCCAUUUGUGGAUGCGGUCUUGUUAAGGCUUUUCAAAAGACUUACUACACUACUUAUGGUGGUGGCGCCAAUGAGCUAGCCGAUGGUUACAAUAAAGGCACCGGUUUGGGUGCCGAAAUCAUUGGCACAUUUGUUCUUGUAUACACCGUCUUCUCGGCCACUGACCCCAAAAGAAAUGCCCGCGAUUCCCAUGUCCCCGUGUUGGCACCUCUACCUAUUGGGUUUGCGGUGUUCAUGGUUCACUUGGCUACCAUCCCAAUCACGGGCACUGGGAUCAACCCGGCUCGUAGUUUUGGUGCUGCGGUUAUCUACGGAAAAGAUAAAGCCUGGGAUGAUCAAUGGUUAUUUUGGAUAGGACCGAUGAUUGGAGCUGCCAUCGCGGCCUUCUACCAUCAAUAUGUUUUGAGAGCUGGGGCGGUUAAAGCUCUUGGAUCCUUCAGGAGCAAUGCCUAGACCAACAACUACGGCAUAUAAAAAUAUGGUUUCCAUGUUCGCUUUGAACAAAUUGUAUAAAUUUGUUUCUGUUAAAUGUGUGUUGUUGUCGUUGGUGCGCUAUGUUUUUUUAAUGUGCCCAAAUGACUUUAUUUUCGAGUCCUGUGAUCAUAUAUAUAUCUUUGGGUUUUGAGUUUAUUGUUAUUAAUGAAACGAUUUCUUUUAAUUUCAA